AUGGCACAGGAACCACCAAAAGUCACCGAUCUAGGUGUGCCCCUGGAGCAGGUCUCGGAGGUCCGGGAGGUGGGACCAGAGCCGGAGGCCAUCACGCAGGUCAGGCCGGUGCGGGCCAACUCGGAGGCCUCGAGCUUUUCGGAAAUGGAGAAGAAGUCGAGCGCCACGGUAGAGGUCAAGCACCAGGAGAGCACGAGGUCCAGCACAGACGUCGAGGACAAUGGCAGGGAAAAGGUCUCGGCAAAGAUGGAGGUGGUUGCCCUGAAGGCGCUGCACACCGACGAUGACCCUACACAAAAUCCCUGGACAUUUCGGGCCUUUUUCUUGGGCCUCACCCUCGCCGCGUUUGGCGCCAGUCUUGCCACCAUCUUCCACUUCAGGCCACAGUCGAUAGGCAUCAGCAUCACGUUCCUGACGGUGAUAUCCUACGUCUUCGGCAACGCCAUGGCGAAGUACAUACCGUCCCGGGGCCGCGUGGGACGGCUCCUGAACCCGCACAGCUUCAACGCCAAGGAGCACCUGGGCAUCAUCAUCAUGGCCAGCUCGGCGUCGUCGACGGCGCACGCGACCGACGUCCUGGCCGCCCAGAAGCUCUUUUACAACAUCGUGCCGCACCCGGCCGUCGCCAUCAUGCUGCUCUUCUCGUCGCAGCUCCUGGGCUACGGGCUGGCCGGCUACCUGCGCGAGAGCCUCGUCUACCCGACCGCCAUGAUCUGGCCCAGCCAGCUGCCGCUCGCCUCGUUGAUCGAGACGCUGCACCGGAACAGGACCGAGAUGGCGUCGAGGUGGAAGUUUUUCUGGAUUAUUUUUUGGGCGAUUGCCGUUUAUGAGUUUUUCCCGCAGUACAUUACUCCGGUUCUCACUGGUGUAAGCGUCUUCUGUUUGGCCCAACAGAAUAACCAUAUGUUUACCAACAUCUUUGGUGGAGCGGCUGGCAACGAAGGUCUUGGAGUCGGCGCGCUUUCGUUCGACCUUCAGUACAUUGGCGUUGGCGCCUUUUUCCUGCCCCUGAAGAUGAUCACAAACGCCUUCAUCGGCUAUAUUUUGUGCAUCAUCUUGUUCAUCGUCUUGUUCUAUCAGAAUGUGUGGAAUGCCAUGCAGUUUCCUUUUCUCAGUCAACAGCUCUUUUCAGCAGACUCCAACUCUACGCACUACAGAAUUUACAACCAGUCUGCAAUCCUGAAUUCCAAAUUGGAGCUCGAUGAGGAAGCCUUGAAGCAGCAAGGCCUACCUUUCUUUGCCGCAACACAUGCGUCACACCUCCUGACAACCAACCUUGCAACCGGCGCCACCAUCUUGCACAUCAUCCUCUACCACCCCCAAAUCGUCAAGUCCGCCAUGGGCUGGGGAACCCACAGCUGGCGACGCUACUUGGGUUACCUCAAGAACCCCAAGCAGCUUUUCAAGUACGAGGAAAAGACCUUCUCCACAACCGAAGACCCGGCAAAUCUGGACCCGCACCACCGCACCAUGCUGCAAAACUACAAGGAGGUGCCCAACUGGUGGUACGGCAUCUGCCUGGGCAGCUCGGUCAUCGCGGCCGGUGCUUGCAUAUACUUGGCCGAGUCGACCCUGCCCUGGUACCUCUUCCUCCUCGCCAUUCUCAUCGCCUACUUGUACGUCGUCUUUUUCGGCGCCUUGUCUGGCCUCUUGGGCUUUCAUGUGCCAAUCGGUUCGGCGAUACAGCUUCUGGGUGGCUGGCUCAACCCCGGGAAACCUUUGAGCUUAAUGUUCUUUUCCUUGUUUGCCUUUACAACAAGCGGACAGGCCCUGUAUCUGGUCAGCCAUCUGAAGCUGGGCCAGUACGGAAAGUUGGCUCCGAGAUGCACCUUCACUUUUCAGGUGCUUGGCACCGUCGUCGGCUGCAUAUUGAACUAUGUCAUUAACCUUGAGACCCUCUCUCAGACCAACAUCUGGAGCGGAACUCUGGUGCAAUCUUUCAACUCGAACGCUAUUUCGUUCGGUGCUCUGUCCAAGUACAUGUUUAUCGGCGGCACGUACGCCAGCGUCGUCUACGCCCUGCCGCUCGGCUUCCUGAUACCUUUGCCGCUGUGGCUAGCCGGCAAGGCGUGGCCGAAAUAUGCCAAGUCCCUAUCUUACAUUGUCACACCGGUCAUUUGCGCGCACCUAGGCUUCUUGUCCGGAGGUAUCAACUCGAGCGUUUUUAUGCACUUUAUCCUGGCCUUUACGGUCCAGUUCUACGUGCGCAAGAAGUACCCUGCGUGGUUCCUCAAAUACAACUACCUGCUCGCCGCUGCACUUUCCGGCGGCUUGGAGCUCACCAUUUUCUUCCUUACGUUUAUCUUUAACGGCGCCGUGAUGAAGCAAAUCCCCAUGCCCAAUUAUGCUCUGAACCCAAAGGGGAAUCUAGACUACUGCAUGAGAGAUCCGGCGUUGGCCGGGGCCAGGGGCGGGCAUUAG